AUGGAACAAUCGACAAAGUUAAACUGGGAUCUGAAAUAUGGUGAGUUAGCCAAAGACGAAGAUUUCGUAAACAAAUGCGAAAAUCUCAAGGAGAAUCUAAUUGAAGUUCAACAAGUACUUGAUAAACUUCUUCCGUUGAAAUCACAAUACGAUAAAAUGCCACUACCGGCACAAAUUGAAUUAGAUUUGUUCCUUGUAUUCACUUUGAAUUCUCUGCACUGGAUCCAUUUAAGAAUACAGGGAAUAGAUCCGUCAACGACUCCUUUAAUGCACGAGCUUCAACGAGUAAAGGCCGCUAUUAAAAAAUGGCAGGAGGUCCAGGAUCGUGAUAAGAGACCCACUAUGGACAUUGAGGCGGCAAAGAGGUUCAUUAAGAGCGGUUUGUAUGAACCAUAUCGCGCAACAGGCCAGCCGCAAAACAAAAAAAUUAAAUUCUCAGAUGAUUAA